UCCAGGCCAGUGCAGCUCAUCKCCGCCGCCGCCCUCCGCGGGGUCCCGGCCCCGCCAGCGCCGCAGCCCCGCCUGCCGGGGGCAUGUAAGCCGCCGCCACCCCGAGAGGCCGGGCGGGCUGCACGGGCCCCGGCGCGCGCGGGCGAGGGGUGCGCCCUGGCCCCAGGAAGCCUAGGCGCCAUGGGCAUCCAGGGCAUGGAGCUGUGCGCCAUGGCCGUGGUUGUGCUACUGUUCAUCGCCGUCCUCAAGCAGUUCGGCAUCCUGGAGCCCAUGUCCAUGGAAGAUAGCAGUGACAGUGAGCUGGAACUGUCCACGGUGCGCCACCAGCCAGAGGGGCUGGACCAGCUGCAGGCACAGACCAAGUUCACCAAGAAGGAGCUGCAGUCACUCUACCGGGGCUUCAAGAACGAGUGUCCCACGGGCCUGGUGGACGAGGACACCUUCAAACUCAUCUACUCGCAGUUCUUCCCUCAGGGAGAUGCCACCACCUACGCACACUUUCUCUUCAACGCCUUCGAUGCCGAUGGGAACGGGGCCAUCCGCUUCGAGGACUUCGUGGUGGGGCUCUCCAUCCUGCUGCGAGGGACGGUACACGAGAAGCUCAAGUGGGCCUUCAACCUCUAUGACAUUAACAAGGACGGCUACAUCACCAAGGAGGAAAUGCUGGCCAUCAUGAAGUCCAUCUAUGACAUGAUGGGCCGCCACACCUACCCCAUCCUGCGGGAAGACGCGCCUCUGGAGCACGUGGAGAGGUUCUUCCAGAAAAUGGACCGGAACCAGGAUGGGGUGGUGACCAUUGACGAGUUCCUAGAGAGCUGCCAGAAGGAUGAGAACAUCAUGAGCUCCAUGCAGCUGUUUGAGAACGUCAUCUAGGAAGUGUGGGGGAAACCUGGGUGGC